AUGUCCAGCUCCAUAUCGUUCACUGAAAUACCACCUCCAGUAUCAGCUGAAGAGUUGAUAGUAGUACCUAAAAAUUACCAGCAUAUCUUGGCCUUGGAAUUUGCAGUAAAGGAGAUCAAUGAAAACCCUCAGCUCUUACCCAAUGUCACUUUGGGAUUCGACAUCUAUGACAGUCAUUUUACUGCAAUGAGGACCUAUCAUGCCACCAUGUUACUCAUGUCCACACUGGAGAGAUUUUCCCCUAACUAUGUAUGUGACAUGCAGAGUAACAUAAUAGCUGUAAUUGGGGGGUUGGACUCCCAAACCUCCCUUCACGUGGCAAAUAUCUUGGAUAUCUACAAGAUGCCCCAGCUAGUAUAUAGCCCUGCCCCGGUGAUGAAUGAUAAAACACCAGGCCUCCCUUUCUAUCAGAUGAUUCCAAAGGAAACUAUUCAGUAUGAGGGGAUUCUCUCUUUGCUUUUGCAUUUCAAAUGGACAUGGGUUGGGGUUGUUGUUAUGGAUACUACUGAAGGAGAAAGAUUUGUGCAAACAGUGGUUCCCAUGUUUUCCCAGAAUGGCAUCUGUUUUGAUUUCAUAAUAAGAAUCCCCACACUAACUUUUGUCACCAACAUUAAAGAUAUGUUUGACGAAGGGGAAAAAACAUAUGCCAAGGUGAUGGCCAGCAAAGCCAGUGCUAUGGUGGCAUAUGGGCCGUCUUAUUCCAUGGCAUUUUUUAGAUUUUUCCCAUUUUUAUCAGAAGAAAAGCAGGUGUCAGAUUAUCCAAAAGGCAAAGUGUGGAUCAGAACAGCCCAGGUGGAGCUCACUUCAUUUGUUUUUCAGAAGGAUUGGGAUAUGCAAAUAUUCCCUGGAGCCAUAUCCUUACAAAUUCACUCCAGUGAUCUCCCACAUUUUCACCAAUUUGUUGAGAGCAGAAAACCCUCUAACACGGCAGGAGAUGGUUUCAUCAGGGACUUCUGGCAAAAUGCCUUUAGCUGUGUGUUUCUGCAUCAAGAUAUGGAUGUGGUGGAAGGGGACAUUUGCACUGAAGAAGAGAAGCUGGAGAGCCUUACGGCACCAUUUUUUGAAAUGGGUAUGAUUGGCCACAGCUACAGCAUCUACAAUGCUAUCUAUGCUGUGGCCCAUGCUUUGAACGCCAUGUCCUCCUCUAGACUCAAAUACAUGGGGCUGGUGAAUGGAGGGAGAUUGAAGCUUCAGAAUAUACAUCCAUGGCAGGUCCAUCAUUCCCUGAGAACUGUCUCAUUUAACAACAGUGCUGGGGACACAGUUUCCUUUGACGAGAAUGGGGAGCUAAUGGCUGGAUUUGAUGUCAUCAACUGGAUUUUUUCAUCAAACCAAACUAAACAGAAAAUUGGGCAGUUAGAUCCUGAGGCUCCUCCAGACAAAGUGUUCACUAUCACUGAGGAUGCCAUUAUUUGGCACAGCUGGUUUAACCAGACUCGUCCACUCUCAGUUUGUACUGAGAGCUGCCAUCCUGGUUUUAGCAAGAAAGUGAAGGAGGGGAAACCAUUUUGCUGCUAUGAUUGCAUUCCAUGUCCAGAAGGGAAGAUUUCAGACCGUGAGGACAUGAGCGAUUGUUAUGAAUGCACAGAUGAAACUUUUCCAAAUAAAAAUCAGAAUCUAUGCAUUCCCAAGCGCAUCAGCUACUUGACUUUUGGAGAACCUUUGGGGAUCAUCUUAGCCUCUUUUGCUCUUUACCUUUUUUUGAUCACAGCGUUGGUGCUGGGCAUAUUUGUGAAGUGGAAGGAUACUCCCAUUGUCAAAGCCAACAACCGGAACCUCACCUACACCCUUCUUGUUUCACUUCUGCUGUGCUUCCUGAGUGCUCUGCUAUUUAUUGGCAAGCCUCACAAUGUGACAUGUUUCUUCCGGCAAACUGCUUUUGGCAUCAUCUUCUCAGUGGCUGUUUCUUGUGUGUUGGCAAAAACCAUCACAGUAGUUCUGGCUUUCAUGGCCACCAAACCAGGAUCCAGGAUGAGGAAAUGGGUGGGGAAAGGACUGGCAAACACCAUUGUUUUUUGCUGCUCCUUUGUUCAAGUAGGCCUCUGCAUCAUGUGGCUGGUCGCCAAUCCUCCAUUCCCAGGUGUUGACAUGCACUCAUUGACUGAAGAAAUUGUACUAGAAUGUAAUGAGGGAUCAGUGACUAUGUUUUAUUGUGUUCUGGGCUACAUGGGGCUCCUGGCUUUUGUGAGCUUUACUGUGGCUUUCUUUGCCAGAAGGUUGCCUGACAGUUUCAACGAAGCCAAGUUUAUCACUUUCAGUAUGUUACUUUUUUGCAGUGUUUGGUUAUCCUUUAUUCCAUCCUACCUGAGCACUAAGGGGAAGUACAUGGUAGCAGUGGAGAUCUUUUCUAUCUUAGCCUCCAGUGCUGGGUUGCUGGGUUGCAUCUUUUCCCCCAAAUGUUACAUUAUUUUGUGGAGACCUGAGCUGAACAACCGGGAACAGCUAAUAAGAAGGAAGCCCUGA